AUGGCAGAAUCGCAGGCUCCGUCGCGUGGAGUGCCACCACCCAACGACGGACUAUCGGCUGUGCGCGUCGUCUUCCCCACCACGGAAGAGGAAUUCAAGAACGACGUACGCGUUUCGUUCGACAAGCUCAGCAACAAAUGGGUUCUCGAAGAGGACAAUGGCGACGAAUAUGAAUGGAAUACACAGUUCGAGAAGUGGGUGCCUUCGGUCGACGAGGCUCUGAUGCAGCAGCAAGCAUCCAUCUAUGCCAUGAAGGACGUGGACGAAUCUGCGCCGGCAAUCGACAGCAAGAAGCGCAAGGCAGACAUCAAGGCCACCAAACAAGACAAGAAGCCCAAGAUCGACCGCCCCAACAGCGCCGUAUACGUUACAGGCGUCCCACUCGAUGCCAGCAUCGACGAGAUUCACGACGUCUUCAAGAAGUACGGCAUUAUUGAGGAGGACAUUCAUACCAACCUACCCAAGAUCCGUAUGUAUGCCGACGAAGAAGGCAACUUCAAGGGCGAGGCAAAGGUCAUAUACUUCAAGCCCCAGAGUGUCAGUUUGGCCAUUACCAUGCUGGACGGCACCGACUUUCGCAAGCCUGGAGACGGAGACCUGCACGUCGAACUGGUCGAUGACUCCUACUCGAACAGGAACAAGGACCCAAAGGAUCAGAAAGAGCAGAAGGAAGUGUCGGUUGAGAAUAUCAAGAAGAGGCGCCCCAAACAAGACCGCUACUUGGCCAUUGAGAAGACAAAACAGAUGAAUGCUGUUGUCGCUCCUCCGCCGAACCCUUCCAAAUACGCCAAGCUCGUCGUCCUUAAGCACAUGUUCACCCUGGAUGAACUAGAGGAAGAUGCUGGCGCUCUGAUCGAGAUCAAAGCCGACAUUCGCGACGAAGCCUCAAAAUACGGCGAAGUCACCAACACUGUCCUGUAUGAUCUCGAGCCCCAAGGCGUCGUCACUGUACGCUUCAAGGAAUCAGACUCGGCUGCCCUCUGUGCCGAAGCCUUCAAUGGCCGUUGGUUUGACAAGAGAAGAGUCAUUGCCUACGUACCACAGCAUCGUGAGGACUUCGCCAAGAGCAAAGGAAGCGGUCAGGAUGGCCUCCAAGACAUCGACGAGGAUGAGCCUGACGACGAUGAUGAUGAGAAGGAGCGUGUUGCAGGCUCUGCCGUAGAGGGCCAUCGCACGUUAGAAGCUGAAAAGGAGAAGGAUCCUGCUGCAGAAGCGCAGAAUGUGCAGGACGGUGGCUUGCGAAUAAAUGCUUGA